CAAAGUAGGUCGCUACGUAGAACCUAUUAUUGUUUGGACUCUUUUCUCUUUGUGGAAAAUUUAACCAACAAAUCACAGCCUCACUCCAUCAUUUCCAGAGCGGCGGACCGACGGAGACAUGUAUCGAACGGCGGCGAAGCGUCUGAUCGUCGGCGUGACCUCCGGUAGAAAUGGCAUUCAACGUCUCAGGUUGCCAUCACCUUCCACCUUCCUCGACCAUUCUUCCUUCUCCACAGCUACCAAUUCACAAGAAUUUCCUAAUUCUCAAAUCCCCAAUCAACACCAUAUUCGUCAAGAAACUCCUACCUAUUCUGAUUCUGCAUCUUCUUCAACUUCUUCUUGGUCCACAUCAACUUCCGGCGAAGAAACCCGAAGCCAUCAGAAUCGGCGGCCGAGAGUUGAGUAUCAAGAGGAGCAGGCUCGUGUCCUCCAGGCUGCUCUUUCUCAUGUGGUGAAGCUAGGAUGGACUGAGGCCGCAAUGAUUGCUGGUGCAAGGGAUCUUAGCAUGUCACCUUCCAUUGUUGGAUCAUUUGCCAGGAAGGAAGCUGAAUUAGUUGAGUUUUUCAUGGAUGAUUGCUUACAGCGGCUCAUCGAUCUAAUCGAGGCAGACGAAGGCCUUAAGAAUUUGAUACUUCGUGAGCGUAUUUACAAGCUUGUUAGGGCUCGUCUAGAAAUGCAAGCUCCCUUCAUAUCAAAAUGGGCUCAGGCGCUCAGUAUCCAGGCACAACCAGCAAAUCUAGCAACUAGCUUUAAACAACGGGCGACGCUUGUUGAUGAGAUAUGGCAUGCUUCUGGCAGUGAUACCUCUGACGUUGAUUGGUACGUCAAGCGCACUAUUUUGGGAGGAAUAUACUCAGCUACUGAGAUAUACAUGCUAACUGAUAGUUCUCCAGAUUUUCAGGAUUCAUGGACUUUCUUGGACAAUCGUUUGAAAGAUGCUUUUGAUAUAAAGAAAACCGUCCAAGAGGCAAAGUAUCUGGCAGAAGCUGUAGGUGCUGGAAUGGGGAACACCUUUCAGGGAUUUGUUGGAAAAUUUUUCCAGAGAUAGAUAGAUGAGAUUUGACUACAACUUUUUAAGUUUCUAGAGUGAGGAGUCAGCUUGUUUUGUGCUUUUUUGGUCUUGCAUACCAUGGAUUUGAACUUAGAAUUCCAUGGAAUUAUGGGAAAUAGAAAUGAGUCAUGGUAUUCCUGGCUUAAAGCAUAACAACUUUGGUUUCACUGUGCUGUUUUCAGCAAUUAUCUUUGGUGUGUUAAAAUGAGUGAGCAUCAGUUUAUUCUUAAUUCUCAAUGCCUCUCCAACCUCAGAUGUUACCAUUCAGGAGGGAAGUAUUCUGGUAUUGUUCAGUAUUGCCAAUUUUUGGGGGAAAUUGUAACUUAAAAAGUUUAUCUUUCACAAUUAUCAUUAUUUUAGAAAAUUCGUUGUAA